UUACUGCUGGAUGUGGUGCCUACCCGAUAAGCAACACUGUCAAUGAACACCCAUCUGCUUCACUUCGCCCUGUCAAAAAAGUCCGGGAUGUUGAACCCACCUAUAGCCAGCAAAAGCUACAGAUAUCCUUGAAUAACAACUACGGUCAGAAUGAAGUGGAAGAUUCCAAGGAGAUUAUUGGAUUGCCAAGCGACGAGUUUGCAGAUAAAGUUCCUGAGUGUGGACGCCUGAUGUUACAUUGUUCCGAACUGAAGACUAUCCACAUGUUGAACAUGCAUAGCAGUAUGAUGUACGAAGCACCCUUGUUCCUGUAAUCGAACAAGGUAGUCGUGAACAAACAAAAGAUGAAGUAUCACUUGGAGGUUGAAAGUGUGCGGGAAGCCCUUAAGUUGCAACAAUAGUACGCAAACUUCCUACUUCUGUUGUUGUGCGGCUGUCCACUUACAAGAUACGAUAAUGUGGCGAGCAUUGGGACUGAUGAAGCCUUCUUCCACAGUGUUCUCAAUAAAUGACAAUAAUGAAUUGUAAUAUCCAUCUACAUUCAUCAAUCCUACUGGCUUAUCAUGGAUAGUAAGUUGUGCCCAACUAAUUACUUCAAAUAGCUCAUCAAGUGUGCCAUAACCACAACCACCUGGUAAAGCUUUUAGGAAUAAAAGCAUCAGAGUGUAGCCAUUUCUGCUUUUCUUUGAUGCAUAUCUGCAACUACCUUCCGUUGUCCAACUGUUUCACCAGUUAACUCUGUACGCGUGAGUGUCUUGGGUAUAACCCCAAUAACAUGCCUAUUACCAUCAUGAACUGUUUGUGAAACCAAACCCAUUAGGCCUAUGCUACCUCCUCCAUAGACCAAAUCAAUAUUUUUUUAAACCAGUUCUUUGCCUAACUCAAUAGCAGCAUUUUGAUAACUACUUUUCUUCCCUACACUGCUCCCAUAAAACACACAAAUUCUCUUGAAUUUUGACAGCAUAAUACCACUUUCUAUAUCCAUUUUAGUUUUUUCUACUUUUUCUUCUGUAAUAAGCCUGCGCGUUACUUAAAAAUUGUGUGGAGAAUAAUUUGAAAGUGUAGGAUAUUUAUAGAAAUUUGACCAUUUGGCCAUUUAAGGCUCCUAACGGUCAUAUAUACGUUAGGCCCAACGGCUAUUUUUCAAUUAAAUCUGAUUUAAAAAAAAUAAAAAUUUAAAAAUAAUAUCAACCACAGCUAUACUUCUUAAAACCCCAAAUUGAAUACUUUGAAACUGAACUUACAAUUUGAAGGAAAUAAAAAUAAAUGGACCAACUAAUUAAAAAGCGGAAAAAAAAAUGAGGAAAAGAUAUAGCACAAUGAUUACACAUAAUUUAAUACAAAUAAUCUGUAGUCUAUCUUGGAAUAUGAAAAACAAAAGAAAUUUGUGAUUUUGAUAUACUUUUUCUCUAUUCAGUAUAUUUUGUUUUGGUUCUUUUGAUGUUUGCUGUUGUGAAAUUUUUCUGAGCGUUUUCAUACGUUUGCUUAUAGAAACAUUGAUUAAAAGAAUGUUAAUAGUCUUCAAAUCUAAAUUAUUUUGCCUGUUUUGCAGUUGUAAUAAUUGUACACUACUCCUUACUUUCGCUGCUGUGCAGUUUUCCAUUUUCAGUGCCUUAAAAAAAGAGACUAUAAAACCAUUGUGAAGUCAAAUGUCUCAAAUAAAAAGAACGAUGACUAAUACUCAAAUGGAGAAAAAUCAUCGUCGUCGUGUUGCUUAUAAAGAAAUGUCAUCUGAACAAAAAAAGGUACUUCUUGAACAACGAAGACUACAACAUGCUGCCAAAAAACAACCUACAACAAAAAAUACUAUUCCUAGCACUUCUAAUUCAUCAUCUCCUUCUUCAAAGACACACACAAAUAGGUUGUUGGAAUAUCAACCAAUUACCUUGUUCUUCUACUAUUUUAAAAAAUGUUUCAAAUUGUAAAUUCUGUGCAUGCAAAAGGUUUCAAUAUGAAACUCCCAACUUUCUAUUGUAACAAUGGUUCAAUAAAAUUGGUUUCACACCAACUACCUCCUGCAUUAAAGCAUCUUUAUUAUGACCAAUCUGAACAAUCUAAACAUUUCCGUACUUUCAUUCGAACAUACAAUAACAUGUUUGCCUUCACUUCACUUGGUGUAUAAUAUGAUAAACAGUUGGCAAAUAUGACUAAAGGUGUUUACACAUUUAAGGUACAAGGACAAAUGUAUCAUUUUUUACCUAGCCUUACUACGGGAAAUAAUAGAGCCAAAAAUUUGUAACUUUAUUUCUAUGACAAUGAGAAUGAAAGAGUAAAUAAAAUGGCUUUCUCACAAAAGUUAGACAAAUCUGUUAUUAAAAACUUGGUGGAUAUUCUGCAAAUUAAUCCAUACUCUUAAUUUUUGAAAUCUUUAACACAUUCCAGAUUUAUCUAAUUUCUAUAUUGCACUUUCUGUAUCGCACUUAAAUGUGAUUCGAUAUUGGAUCAACGAACAUAUAACUUACCCAAUGUAUCACAAGUAGCGGCUAUAUGGACUGAUGAAGAAUUGAAUAGUCCUAUUUCCACCCAUCAUAUUCGCGUUCACACACAUAGUAACAAUGACCAAUUGGUUCACUAUUGCUAUGGUUGUUACGACUCCUUACAAUACCCUUUAUUAUUACCAUAUGGUGAAAAUGGCUGGCACUGUGGUAUACAAAAAAUUUUGCAACCGAAUAACUCUUCUACAAAUUGUUCUUCUUGCAAACAUGAACAACUUCCUCUUAUCACAAACAUGUCUUCCAUUGAUGGAUACUUUAAUAUUGAAGAAGGAAUUUUACAGAAAACCCGACAAAAAAAAUAUUGUUUCUUGUCGUGAAUAUUAUUGCUACAAAUUGCAAAUUAGAGAUAAUGAAGAAAAUACCAUUUUACAUUCUGAAAGAUUAUUCCAACAAUAUUCAGUAGAUCAAUAUAUCAAACUCGAAACACAAAGAUUGGAUUUCUUGUUGCAUAACCAAGAUUUAUUUCGAACUGGAAUAUUAGUAGGAUUUAUUGAUCUAAAAAGACUCGGGGAAAGAGAAGUUUCAAAUAUUGGCCGAAAAACAUUCUUGCCUGCUACCUUUAUAGGGGCUCCAUGAGAUAUGAGACGUAGAUACAUGAAUGUCAUUGCAAUAGUACAACAUUUUGAAAAUUCAGAUAUCUUUUUAACAAUGACAUGUAAUCCUUCAUGGCCUGAAAUGGAACAUUUAUUGCUAACAACUGAUGAAAUACAAUAUAGACCUGAUUUAAUAAGUCGGGUAUUUAAAGCAAAAGUCGAAGAAUUAAAGUCAGAUAUUUUCAAAACAAAAAUAUUUGGAAAAGUUGUUGCUUAUAUGUAUACUAUAGAAUAUAGAAUUUCAAAAAAGAGGUCUUCCGCAUGCUCAUUUUCUUAUCAUACUCGAGGAUAAUUAUAAGCUAUUAACACCAGAGGCUUAUGACAAAAUUGUUUGUGCUGAAAUACCUAACAUUGACACAAAUGAAUAUUUACACUCUUUGAUGAUUAAACAUAUGAUGCAUGGUCCUUGCGGCAGUUUAAACCCUAACAAUUCAUGCAUGAAGAUAAAAGGAACUUGUAAAUUUAAAUACCCUAAAAAAUACGCAAAUCAAACAUCUAAAGGCGAAAAUUCAUACCUUAUUUAUAGAAGAAGAGAUACUGAAAAUUUGUAAAAGUUAGAACUCAAUAUCUUGACAAUUUAUGGGUCGUACCAUACAAUCCAUAUGUACUAACUAAAUUUAACUGCCACAUAAAUGUUGAAAUAUGUGUAGACAUUAAAGUCAUUAAGUAUAUCUACAAAUACAUUUGCAAAGGUCAUAAUAAAAUAUGCUUCAAUCUAAAAAGUAAUGAAACUAAUAUAGAAAUAGACGAAAUAAAAGAGUAUCGUACAGGUAGAUGGGUAUCAUCACCAGAAACUAUGUGGAGUAUGUUUGCCGUUCCUAUUAGUGAAAUGAAUUCAAAUAUUUAUCAGCUUCAACUACAUCUUCAAGAUCAACAAUUUAUCUCUUUCAAAACAACUACAAAAUUAAGUUCAAUUUUGAGCAAUACAGGAAAUCAAAGAACAUGCUAACAGAAUUUUUCAGAAUGAAUCAAACAAAUAAACACGCCAUAGAACUUAAUUUACUAUACAAAGAAUUUCCUCAACAUUUUGUUUGGUCAAUAAGUGAUAAGAUGUGGACACGUUGAAAACGAGGUUAUGCCAUUAGACGCAUUGUCAGCUGUCAUCCAACUGAAGGAGAAAGAUACUAUUUACGAUUACUACUAAUGAAUAUACGAUGUCCCAAAUCAUAUAAACAACUCAAAACUGUAAAUGGCAUAUGUUGGACAACAUUUAGAGAGUGCCGAAAAAAGAGGAUUGUUAGCUUCUGAUAAUAACUUAAUUGAAUGCUUAUCAGAAGCUACUACUUACCAAAUGCCAAGUAUCUUACGCCGCUUAUUUGCUACACUAUUAGUAUACUGCAAUCCUGCAAAUCCAAAAGAUUUAUGGCAAAAAUUUAAAGGACCAAUGUCUGAAGAAUUUACAAUUACGACAAAUAUACAAACAACGGACAUUCGUUAUAUAGUUUUGAACCACAUAAACACCAUAUUGCAUUCAAUGGGACGAAACAUAAAUGAAUUCAAGCUCAUAUCAAAAAAUUUUACACCAUUCACAUUUUCUUACAGAAUAACACAAGAAUCUAGAGACAUCUAUUUAGAAAAAAAUAUAGUAGUAACUGAAGAAGAUUUACUUCUAUAUAGGAAACUAAAUAAAGAACAACAUGUUGCUUACAAUGUCAUUCUUAAUAAAAUAUUCUCAAAUGAAACAGGCGUUUUUUAUAUUGAUGGACCAGGAGGAACUGGAAAAACUUUUUUAUAUUGUGCUUUACUAGCUACUGUAAGAUCCAAAGGACUUAUUGCUUUAGCUACAACAACUUCUGGGGUUGCAACUUCUGUUCUCCCAGGAGGACGAACUGCUCACUCACGCUUCAAACUUCCUAUCAACAUAAAUGAAAACUACAAUUGUAAUAUAAGUAAACAAAGCUCACUUGCUGCUUUAAUUCAAGAUACCAAGUUAAUAGUGUGGGGUGAAGUAUCAAUGGCAACGAAAAUUCUUGUCAAAACUUUUGACUUAUUGCUAAGAGAUCUUAUGAGUGUAAAUAUACCUUUUGGUGGAAAAGUUAUUGUUUUUAGAGGUGAUUUUCGACAAACACUACCAGUUUUAAAAAGUGAAACAAAAGAAGAUUUCAUUCGCGAAUGCUUACAAAACUCAAAUAUUUGAAAUUAUUUAGAAAGAUUUCAACUAACAGAAAACAUGCGUGCACGAGAAGAUCCUACAUUCUUUGAAUAUUUACUUAGAAUUGGGAAUGAAAAAGAACAAGUUAAUUGCCAUAACAAAAUUGAGAUUCCAGAUAACUUACUUAUCCCUUUUACAAAUGAAAAGGAAUCAUUAAACAAUUUAUUCGAAGCAAUCUACCCCGAUUUAAGCAUGAUCACGGUGGACACAUCUAACGUAACAUCACGUGUCAUCUUAACAACCAGAAAUGAUUUUGUAAAUGAUAUUAAUGAAAUGUUCAUUGAUCAAUUUCUUGGUACUGCUAUGACAUUCAUUGGUAUAGAUGAAACUGUAGAACCAAAAGAUCAAGCCGAGUUUGAAGAUUUUUUACAUACUUUAAAUCCUGCAGGACUACCUCCUUAUAAGUUAGUUUUAAAACAAAACUGCUCAGUUAUAUUACUACGAAAUUUAAAUCCUUCAGAAGAUUUAUGUAACGGCACUCGCUUAAUUUGUAUUGAUUUCAAAACUCAUAUUAUCAGUGCUAAAAUUGCAAGCGGAGAUUUCAAAGACAAACAUGUUUUCAUUCUCCGCAUACCUUUAUUAUCAUCAAAAGACGAAAAAUUGUCAAUCCAAUUCAAGAGAACACAAUUUUCCAUCCGAUUAUGUUUUGCUAUGACUAUAAAUAAAGUUCAAGGUCAAAUACUAGAUUUUGUUGGAAUUUAUUUACGUGAAGCUGUAUUUUCACAUGGUCAAUUUUAUGUUGCUUUAUCAAGAGCCAAAAGCUCAAACUGUGUAAAAAUAAUAAUACGACCAGCAAUAGCUGAUGAUCCUGAUGAUCAUUCCACUUACAAUAUUGUAUUUAGUGAAAUUAUUAACAAAGCAUUCUGUUAAAAAAAAAAAACUCAAUAAUUCCAUGUACAUUUCCUGCAUUUUUAUUUUAAUUAUUUGAGAAUCAUCAACUAACUCCUACUUUGCUCUUACAAAUGUCAACUAAAAUUUACUGCUAUUAUCCAAUGUUAACUCAUUAUUGAUGACUUUAAUAAGCCUCACACUUUUUAUUACCUGCAAUAAUAUUAAUGUAUGUGGUUUCUAACAAUUUGUUUAAUUAUACCAUUUACUUGCCUAAUAACUAUUAAUUGAAAAUACAAAUAAGCAAAAAAUAGGAAUCAUUGUUUUGUUCUCUACUUCCUCAACCAACAUUUAAUUAAUAUAUAUCAAAAUCUAUCUAAAAAAAGUAUGUAUUUUUUCUAUU